AGUUCGCUCGGCAGAGGGUGGCGGCGGCAACGGCAGCCGGCAAGCGGCAGUAGCGCACGGGCCGCGUCGGUGUUCGGACGUAUUUUGCUUCCACGCCGUUUUUCGCGCAUCGCGCUUCGCCGUCACCGUCGCAGUCAAAAUCGCGCCACAACCAAGCACCCUCACGCAGCAGCCCGGCAUGCGCUCCUGACGUCCCGCCCGGCCAGCACAGCAGCGCAAGAUGAUCCCGCGCCGCAAACACAACGCCUCUUCGGCUUCGCUACCGCCGCCCGACGACAAGCACGCCAGCAACGACUACAUAUUGUCGGACGGCGCGUCGGGCGAGGGCUGGCGCGCGGCGCUGCGACGUCGUUUCAACCGCAAGACGCUGCACAAGCGCGUGCCCAUCACCGCCUGGCUGCCGCAGUACAACGCGGAAAAGGCUCUCGGCGACCUGAUCGCCGGCGUUACGGUGGGCCUUACCGUCAUACCGCAAUCGCUGGCGUACUCCAACAUCGCGGGCCUGCCGCCGCAGCACGGCCUCUACGGCUCCUUCCUCGGCUGCUUCAUCUACAUCGUACUAGGCGGGUGCCGCGCUGUGCCCGCCGGGCCCACCGCUAUCGCCUCGCUGCUCACCUGGCAGGUAGCGGGGGGCGUCGUCGAGAAGGCGGUGCUGCUCAACUUCCUGACGGGCCUGGUUGAGCUGCUGAUGGGCGUGCUCGGCCUGGGCUUCCUCGUCAACUUUGUCUCCGGGCCCGUGUCUUCGGGCUUUACAUCCGCCGUCGCGCUCAUGAUCGCCACCUCGCAGGUCAAGGAUCUAUUCGCCAUCAGCGUCACAGGCGGCACCUUCCUUCAGCAGUGGAUCUCCAUCUUCAGGAACUUGCACGGCGCUGCGCUCUGGGACCCCGUGCUCGGCUUCUCUUGCAUCGCGCUGCUGCUCGGCUUGAGGAAAAUUGGGAUGAUUCAAUUGGGGGCAAAGCGUGAGGGCGGACCCAGCACCCGGCAGAAGGUGGCGAACAAGUGCCUGUGGCUGCUGGCCACCUGCCGCAACGCCAUCGUGGUCGUGGCGACCGGUUCGCUGGGCGCCUGGUUCGUGACCGCUUACGGCGCCUCGCCAGUGCGCCUCAUGGGCAGCAUCCCGUCGGGCGUACCGGCGCCGCAGCUGCCGCCCUUCAGCUAUGUGCGCGCCGACAACUCGACUGCUGACUUCUUGGAGAUGGUGUCGGAGCUGGGCUCGGGAGUGCUCGUGAUCCCGCUGAUCGUGCUGCUGGAAGACAUCGCCAUCUGCAAGGCGUUCUCCGACGGGCGCACCAUCGAUGCCACGCAGGAGAUGAUAGCGCUGGGCGUGGUGAACGUGGGAAACUCCUUCAUGCAGGCAUACCCCGGCGGCGGCUCACUGGCGCGCUCCGUCGUCUCCAACGGCUCAGGCGUCAAGACUACGCUCAACGGCAUCUACACAGGCGCAAUGGUGAUUCUGGCACUGCAGUUCUUUACGCAGUACUUCGAGUUCAUCCCCAAGGCUGCGCUCGCGGCGGUCAUCAUCUCCGCCAUCCUCUUUAUGGUCGAGUACGAUGUCAUCAAGCCGAUGUGGCGCGCCAAAAAGCUGGACCUGGUACCGGGCGUGGGUACAUUCGUGCUGUGCCUCACGCUGCCGCUCGAGCUGGGCAUCCUGACCGGCGUCGUGGUCAACAUCAUCUUCAUCCUGUACCACGCCGCGCGACCCAAGCUCUCCGUCGAGCUGCUCAAGACGGAGGGCGGCGUGGAGUACCUGAUGAUCACGCCCGACCGCUGCCUGAUGUUCCCCUCCGUGGAUUACGUGCGGCGGCUCGUGAACAAGUGCGCGGCGGGCGGCGACGUGCCCGUGGUGCUCGAGUGCACGCACAUCUACAGCGCGGACUACACCGCCGCCAAGAGCAUCGAGCAGCUCACCGCCGACUUCCACGCGCGCCGCCAGCCGCUCUACUUCUACAACGUCAAGCCCUCCGUCUGCUCCAUCUUCGAGGCGGUGGCCAAGCCGGAGCACUUCGUGGUCUUCUACGAGGACGAGGACCUGGACCGACUGCUGGCGGCGGACGGCCGGGCGCCCCCCGACAAGACUCCGCCGCUGCCGUGAUGCGCCCCCGCCCGCC